CCCCGCGCAACCGCCGACAGAACGACGCGGCGAUCGCCGAGUGGACAUUUAAAUGACCGCGUUACAUUGAAGCUAAAUAAAUUGUUAUUUUUGUUUUUAAACAAAUACAACCUUUUAACAGUUUGCGACGAUGUGUGGUGCACGAUGGCAUGGAUAGUGUAAUAAGAGUACUGGACCACCAGAGGACAGUGCAGACAUCCAUUGCCUGGCUGUACUUCUAUGCUCCCGCGCCUUCAACAUUCACUGACCAGAGUGGUGAAGUAUGGUCAAAACGACGACGCAGUUGUGACCGAGACAAAGGACUUAUCCAAGGCAGAGAUUGUCCUCUCAGUUUCCCAAGUGGAGUCCCUUGCCACACUCACUCUGGAGGAGGUGCAGACGCAUCUGGUGGAAAUGCUGCACCUGCGUGUGCACAAGACGUCCCUGCGCGAGGCGGCAUUGCUGGAUGUGUACGUGUCGGCCUAUCGCUGGGCUCGUGAACACGGAUUCUCAUCGCAGCAGAUCCUCUACGUUGUCACCCUCUUGCACACUCUGCUGCAGAACAUAGAAGAGAGGCGAAUGAAGCUCGUGGAAAAUUUGAAGGCUUGUUCACUGCAGCUGGUGGGAGUUGGCUGUGAUGACUUGGCGUGUCUCAGCCUGGAGCAAGGAAAGCUCGUUCUCGGUUACCUAACCACCAGUCUUUUCCAGCACUACAGACUCUAUGAAUUUGUCUUCACACAGCCACAAGAUGUGGUUUUCAUUGACUCGCAAAUUGAGGUGGAGUUGUUGGAGAUCAACCAGAAACCCUUCCCACUCCCACUGGAAGAGGGCAUUGAUGCGGACAUAUACGAACGCUACAUGUGUCCCCGAGCUGAGUUAACGGAGAAUGCAGAGGAGCCCAUCGUGGCAGAGGAGCCCAUCGUGGAAGAGGCCGAGGAGGAAGAGAGAAUGGCUGACCCCCCCGCUGAUUACCCAAGCGGCGAUGACCCCCUCCGUGGUCACACAUUGGCAGAGGUCAGAACAACCCUGGAGGAGGUGGCCGCCGAGAUGAUCGGUGAACUUCAGGUGGCGGUGUCUGAAAAGUUGAGAGUGCAAGAGGAGACGUACAAGACCCGUUUGGACAAACUGCGUCAAGUAGAAAUGGCAUAAUGGCCCUCAUUAUUCAAUUAUUAUGAGCACAAUGUUUAAUGCAAAUUAUUUUUAGAAUGGUAUAUACAGUGACAAUAUAAAUGUUGCGUAAACAUUGUAAACAUUUUCAUUUUAAACAUUGGUGAAUGUUUUAUUUGACUGUAGAAAAUGUGUAUGUUUUAUAUUUAGUUUUUAUUUGAAAUAUUCUUAAGCAACUGCACUCUAUUUUCAUAAAAUAAUUUCUUAGGUCACCAUAAAACAUUGCUUUAUAACCCACUUCAAUCCCAUAAACACACUCCUGUAAGUUAAAAUGUAAUCACAGUGCAUGCAUAAAGAAGUAUAAUUAUGGUUUCGCAACGUCCUUUAACGAAAUUACGGCCUAUUGAGAAAUGUGUUUUCUCAUACGGCUGACCUAAGUGCCACAGUUACAAAUGAACGCCGGUACAGUGAUAGUCAUUCUAAUUGAGUCUCAUGUAAAGGUUAGUAAGUAAAAUAAAAACUGUGAUAAAAAUUGGUGUAAUAAAAGGAUGUUUUGUUGAUUACUGAAGUCAAAGGUAGUAUUCCACUUUUCACUAAUGGUGUGGCAAACACAUACACUUUAAUAGAACUGUGAUGGUAACCUCGACUAUGAUUAAUGUAUAGUGUUAGUUAUGCCAAAUGCUAGAGGAAUUGGUCUACACAUUACAGUACAGGUGAAAUGUGUUGCAUCAAUGGGCAUUGCAGGACAAUUUUUACGCGCUUUAAACCUAUAAUGU